CUCGUGUCUAUUAGUUGACCCACCUUGUCCUGCUGGCCAUGGACCGACAGGCCCCAGGUCCGCAGAAACGACUUUACCCCUCCUCCGCUGCGCCAUCCACUACGUCCUUGCUGCAGCCUCAUGGCCACGAUGAAGUACGGCCCCCUCUCGCUCGUUCAUUGCGUGCCUCAACCAGCAACAGCUCCAUUAACACCGCAUCCACGCACGUCCCUCCCUCAAUAUCAGAUAGGUAUGUCCUGCCACUCGACCCCGCCGCAUUCGAUGGCCCAGAAGCGGACGAUAAGCUGCACAACCCGGACCCCGUGAGGGACCACCGCCAGGAUAAGGGGGGCACGAUCAUCACCUCACGUGGUCUCAUGAACCUGGGGUGCAUUUUCGUCCUCGUUGCCGGCAUUGUUGCACUCUUCGCUGGAUACCCUCUUAUCGAGUACUUCACAAAGAAGAAGCCGUCAACAUUGGGCGGAUUCAACCUUGGAGGAAUCAAUGCUUCCGGCCAGAUCCCAUCCAUACCGGGGAACUGGGGCAUGAUCGACCUCGACACCCCCCACGAGGUCCGCACGAAGGUCGACUACGUCAACGGGAAGACGUGGCAGCUCGUGUUCAGCGACGAGUUCAACGUCGAGGGCCGCACGUUCUACCCCGGCGAUGACCCAUACUGGGAAGCCGUGGAUCUGCACUACUGGCAGACGAACAAUAAGGAGUGGUACGACCCCGAAGCUAUCGUUACCCGCAACGGGUCGCUCGAGAUCACGCUCUCGCGGAAGGAAAACCAUGGGCUGAACUUUACGGGUGGUAUGAUGUCGACGUGGAACAAGUUUUGUUUCACGGGUGGCCUCGUCGAGGCCAGCGUCAUGCUCCCCGGGUUCAACGACGUGGCAGGACUCUGGCCCGCUAUCUGGGCGAUGGGCAACUUGGGUCGCGCCGGGUACGGAGCAUCGCUUGAUGGCAUGUGGCCGUACACCUACGACGAGUGCGACGUCGGCACGGCGCCAAACCAGACGCUCAACGGUCUUCCUCUCGCAGCGACGGCCGAAGGCGACAACGACAAGUCGAACGACGGCGUGCUGUCGUUCCUUCCCGGCCAGAGGUUGUCGCGUUGCACUUGCCCUGGCGAGUCGCACCCCGGUCCUAUACACCGGGACACCGGCGAGUAUGUCGGUCGUGCGGCACCUGAGAUUGAUAUGUUCGAGGCACAGAUCAGCGAUAAUAAGGGCGCUGUCUCCCAGUCUGGCCAGUGGGCUCCAUUCAACUACCAAUAUAUCUGGAAAAACACCACGGACAACUUGAUCAUUCCUGAUCCGGAUAUUUCGAAAUUGAACAACUAUCGCGGAGGAGUUUAUCAGCAAGCGACCUCCGUUGUCACCCAGACUAAUCAGGACGCCUAUGAGUUUAGCGGGCAGCAAUACUCCACAUAUGGUUUCCAGUACAAGCCAGGGUUCGGCGACGCCUACAUAAGCUGGAUCGCCAAUGGACAGCUUGCAUGGCAGCUGAACGUGGCCGGCAUGAGUGCUGACACCGUUGUCGAGAUCAGCGAUAGGCCCAUUCCUCAGGAACCGAUGUACUUGAUUAUGAAUUUGGGUAUCUCCGAGAAUUUUGGUUUCGUCGACUACGACCACCUCCAGUUCCCGUCUACGCUCCGCGUCGAUUGGAUUCGUGUUUACCAGGAUCCGAAAAACAUCAAUAUUGGCUGUGAUCCCCCUGACUUCCCUACGGCGGCAUAUAUCAAUGAGUACAUCGAGGCGUACACGAAUCCUGAUCUGACUACUUGGGUGGACGACUAUAAGCAGGCAAUUCCGAAGAGCAAAUUGCUUGGACAGUGCUGAGCCACUCUCCGUUGAUGAUACCUAUUAGCCCUUCGAGUGCUGGCAUCUUGUGAGUACGGCACCGACCGCUCUUACGUCACAUGGCGCGCGACGAGAAUACU